AUGCCUCGUGGUCAAAAAAGUAAGCUGCGUGCUCGUGAGAAACGCAACAAGGCUAAAAGUGAAUCUCGAGGUGAACAGGCCCCUACUGCAGCAGAAGAGGAAGAGACCUCCUCUUCCUCCUCUCUUAAUAGAGGUGGAGCUGAGGAAAUGCCAAGCACUUCCCAAGCACUUCCCAACACUGAUAGUUCAGGUGUAUCCAUUAUAGAUCAGAAAGCUAUUUUGCUGGUACAGUUCAUCAUACGCAAAUAUAACAUGGGAGAGCUUAUAACCAAGUUAGAUAUGAUCAGGUUUGUCAUCAAAAAAGAUAAGGCCCAUUUCAAUGAGAUUCUCAAAAAAGCCUCAGAGCUGAUGGUGCUGGCUUUUGGAAUUGAUGUGAAGGAAUCGGAUCCAAUCAGGCAUUACUAUAUUCUUGUCAGCAAAUUACAUCCUAUCUGUGAUGCAAGGCUGAGUGGUGAGAUCAUACCGAGAAAUGGCCUUUUGAUGACCAUCCUGUGUGUCAUCUUCAUGAAAGGAAAUUGUGCCAACGAAGAGGAUGUCUGGAAGGUGCUUAAUGCGAUGGGGAUCCACGAUGAAACAAAUCACUUUGCCUAUGGAAAUGUCAAGAAGGUCAUCACCGAAGAUUUGGUGCAGGAAAAAUAUUUAGAAUACCAGCAAGUUCCCGAUAGUGAUCCUCCACGCUAUCAGUUCCUGUGGGGUCCUCGAGCUCAUAUUGAAACAAGCAAGAUGAGAGUGCUUGAAUUUCUGGCUAUGACCCACAAUACCACGCCUAGUGCCUUUUCAUCGUGGUAUGAAGAUGCUUUGAAAGAUGAAGAAGAACGAUCCCAAACAAGAUUGGCAGUUAUACUUCUUACUAGUUUCUUAGCUCUUGCACGCUCCAACAGCUUCCCCCACCAACAAUAA